GCGGAGGCAGCGCGCCGCGGUCGCCGGGAGCCGGGAGCCCGGGGCGCCCGCUCCUCGGCACAGCAUGUUCCAGCCGGCGCCCAAGCGCUGCUUCACCAUCGAGUCGCUGGUGGCCAAGGACAGUCCCCUGCCCGCCUCGCGCUCCGAGGACCCCAUCCGUCCCGCGGCACUCAGCUACGCCAACUCCAGCCCCAUAAAUCCGUUCCUCAACGGCUUCCACUCGGCCGCCGCCGCCGCCGCCGGUAGGGGCGUCUACUCCAACCCGGACUUGGUGUUCGCCGAGGCGGUCUCGCACCCGCCCAACCCCGCCGUACCGGUGCACCCGGUGCCGCCGCCGCACGCCCUGGCCGCCCACCCCCUGCCCUCCUCGCACUCGCCACACCCCCUCUUCGCCUCGCAGCAGCGGGACCCGUCCACCUUCUAUCCCUGGCUCAUCCACCGCUACCGAUAUCUGGGCCAUCGCUUCCAAGGGAACGACACGAGCCCCGAGAGUUUCCUUUUGCACAACGCGCUGGCCCGAAAGCCGAAGCGGAUCCGAACCGCCUUCUCCCCGUCCCAGCUACUAAGGCUGGAACACGCCUUUGAGAAGAAUCACUACGUGGUGGGCGCCGAAAGGAAGCAACUGGCGCACAGCCUCAGCCUCACGGAAACUCAGGUAAAAGUAUGGUUUCAGAACCGAAGAACAAAGUUCAAAAGGCAGAAGCUGGAGGAAGAAGGCUCAGAUGCGCAACAAAAGAAAAAGGGGACUCACCAUAUUAACCGGUGGAGAAUCGCCACCAAGCAGGCGAGUCCAGAGGAAAUAGAUGUGACCUCAGACGAUUAAAAACACGAACCCAACCCCACAGAAAUGGACAACACGGAGCAAAACUGAGACAGGGAGAGGAGGAAAAGAAAAAAAGCCUACAAACAAAAACAAACCGCACACACAUUCACCGAGAAAGGGAGAGGGAAUCAGAGGGAGCAGCGGCACACAGUGAAGACUGUGGGCAGCAUGGGCACAGGGUCCCUAUCCGAGGCCGCGCCAAGAUGGCAGAGGACAGAGGACGGAAGCUCCAUCAUCAACAUGCAACCCUCGUCUAAAAAGGCAGCCGAGUGAGUGAGUGAGAGAGACAGAGAGAAGGAGAAAGAAGGAGGGAGGUGGAGAGAGAGAGAGAGAGAGAGAGAAAGAGAGAGAGAGAGAGAGAUUUGAAUGUGGCAAAGCUGAAGGAGCAUUCUGACAAGGGGAGCUGUCAGUCAAACACCAAAUCAGCGAGACAAGAUGAUUGGCAGGUAUUCCGUUUAUCGCAGUCCACCUAAAAAUGAUAAUAAUGAUGAUAAAAAAUUCCAAACAAACCAACCAGGCACAGGACUUUUUAUUUUGCACUUCGCAGUGUUUUUGUCCCAAUCUUUAAAAAUAAUUAGUCAUAACAAAUGAAAAUUCCAUACCUAGCCCCUCCCUGCACCUGUUUCAAACCUUGAAUUGCAUGUAGCAGUUGUUGGGCGAAUGGCGUCUAAAGACCGAAAAUGAAUUGUAAUUUUAUUUUCUUUUUAAAGACAGGUUCUGUGUGCUUUUAAUUUUGAUUUUUUUUCCUGAGAAACGUGCAGUCUGUAAACACUUUUUGAUACCUUCUGAUGUCAAAGUGAUUGUGAAAGCUAAAUGAAGUAGGCUCAGCAAUAGUGGUCCUCUGACAGAGAAACGGGGAGCAGGACGGGGGGAGGGGCUGGGGUGGUGGGGGAGGGUGCCCACAAAAAGAGUCAGGAUUUGUACUGAAAAAAUGCCCUAAAUUAAUUAUAUUUCUUGGACAUUCCCUUUCCUAACACCCUGAGGCUUAAAACCGUAAAGUAAACUUCUCCUUUUAAUGGUUGGAGAGAUUGGCUGAGUUCAUCCAUUGACUGUAAUGGCCAUUCCAAACUUUCUAUCUAUUGCAAAAUCUGAAGGACUGUAGUUAGCAGGGACGAUGUUACGUGUGGCCAAGCACAAGGCGGCAAGUUUUCGAGCACUGAGUUUCUAUUCCAAGAUCAUAGACCUACUAAAGAGAGUGACAAAUGCUUCCUUAAUGUCUUCUAUACCAGAAUGUAAAUAUUUUUGUGUUUUGUGUUAAUUUGUUAGAAUUCUAACACACUAUAUACUUCCAAGAAGUAUGUCAAUGUCAAUAUUUUGUCAAUAAAGAUUUAUCAAUAUGCCCUCAGA